AUGCGUCACAACUUGUUGCUGCUGUCUCUCGCUGCAUCGGCAGCAGCAGCUACGGUUCCUGCAUCAGGAUCUCGGCCACCUUUAGAAGAAAUAGCAACGACCGGGCAAAGAGUGGCGGUGCCUUCUCUCCACCUCAACAAGAACGCGCAGCAGCAGCAAAAGGAAGCGCUGCUGCUAAACAACCUGCACAGUUCGCAGGCAGCAGCAAAAGGGUUACAACGGCUGCGCCCCGCAGCUCUGUUGGCGCUUACGUCUUUGGUCCUAGCUGUGGUAGCUGUUAUAUUUGGUGUACUACAGUGUUACAGGGCCCUCAAUCAAGCUGUUGUGGAUUGCGAUGUCCAGCCUCUUCCUUUUGAGAAUGUGAUGCUGCUGCGCCGCUGCAGCUGGAGCGGAACUGCUGUGGUUACGGCGCUUCUAUGGCUGUGGUGCUGCUUUUGCGCUGUUGUUCUGGUGACUGUGCUGCGACCAAGGCGCAAUGUGCUCGCGGAGGCUGUUUUGUUUGUGCCUGCGUGUGAGUUAUUGCUGUUCUUGCCUCCUUUCCUCACCUUUUUCUCCCCUGCUUUUUUUUCUUUUGCAGUUUCCUCUGCGUGUGUAAUCUUUUACCUCUGUUUUCCCUUCCUUAUCUCUCCUGCUGUUGUUCAUAUCGGGAUUCUCGUGUUAAGCCAUUUGUCUAUGUCCUUGUGUUGCUUUUUGUACCUCACCAUCACGCUAAAUCUGCAAGGCAUUACGGCCGAUUGCGUUGGCCUCUGCAGGAAGUAUGUCGAUGACAUCCAUGGUGGUAGACUAGUCUAA